AUGGACACCGAACUACUCGAGAAAGCUGAAACUAUUUUGCUGAAAAGAAGCCAAGACAACAGUUUCCGAGAAGACAUCAAGCGCCUUCAGCAAGGGAAGCAAUUGGAGGGCAGCAGUAAAGUGAAAAGGCUCGACGUAGUACUAGAAGAGUGUCUCCUGCGGCUAAAGGGAAGAAUCGACGCGAUACAGGGUGUAACCAGGGACUACAAACGACCCAUCGUGCUCGACAUGGCAAGGACAAGACAACACAACUCAUCAUAG